AUGUGUCCGCGAACCCUUCUCCUGCUCCUUUCGGGGGUCCUGGUCCUGACCGAGACCCGGGCUGGCUCCCACUCCAUGAGGUAUUUCAGCACCGCCGUGUCCCGGCCCGGUCUCGGGGAGCCCCAAUUCAUCGCCGUCGGCUACGUGGAUGACACGCAGUUCGUGCGGUUCGACAGCGACGCCCCGAAUCCGAGGAUGGAGCCGCGGGCGCGGUGGGUAGAGCAGGAGGGGCCCGAGUAUUGGGAUCAGGAGACGCAGAAAGUCAAGGACGCCGCACAGUUUUUCCGAGUGGGCCUGAACACCCUGCGCGGCUACUACAACCAGAGCGAGGCCGGGUCUCACACCCUCCAGUGGAUGCACGGCUGCGACGUGGGGCCGGACGGGCGCCUCCUCCGCGGGUUUGAUCAGUUCGCCUACGACGGCAGAGACUACAUGGCCCUGAACGAGGACCUGCGCUCCUGGACCGCGGCGGACUCGGCGGCUCAGAUCACCAAGCGCAAGUGGGAGCAAGGCGGUGUGGCGGAUCACAGCAGGAACUACCUGGAGGGCCGCUGCGUGGAGUGGCUCCACAGAUACCUGGAGAACGGGAAGGACACGCUGCUGCGCGCAGACCCUCCAAAGGCACAUGUGACCCGUCACCCCAUCUCUAACCUUGAGGUCACCCUGAGGUGCUGGGCCCUGGGCUUCUACCCUGAAGAGAUCUCACUGACCUGGCAGCACAGUGGGGAGGACCAGACCCAGGACAUGGAGCUUAUGGAAACCAGGCCUUCAGGGGAUGGAACCUUCCAGAAGUGGGCGACCCUGGUGGUACCUUCUGGAGAGGAGCAGAGAUACAUGUGCCGUGUGCAGCACGAGGGGCUUCCGGAGCCCCUCACCCUGAGAUGGGAACCUCCUCAGACCUCCUUCCUCACCGUGGGCAUCAUUGUUGGCCUGGUUCUCCUCAUGGUGGCUCUGGUGGCUGGAGCUGUGAUCUGGAGGAAGAAGCACUCAGGUAGGGAAGGGAGGGAGGGAUCUGAGUUUUCCUGCAGUGACAGUGCCCAGGGCUCUGAUAUAUCUCUCACAGUUCCUAAAGUGCUACAUGACCGACCUGAAUUGGUUCCUGAUUCUUUUCUCUCACAGUGUGAGACAGCCGCCUUGUGGGGACUGAGUGAUGCUCAGUCCCACUUUGUGACGUCAGAUCCCAGACUCUUCUUUCUGCAGAUGCAUCUGAAUGUGUCUGUCCUUCUAUUAGCAUAA